UUGUGAGCAAGCGAAUCUAUUAGCUUAAAAUUUCUUCUAGACAUACGCAAAUAUCUUAUUAUUUCGAAGAUCGACCAUUCAUUUUGCGAUGAGAACAAUUUUAACAGUUGUGUCACUUUGUGCCUUCAUAUCAACUGCUUACGGCAUUGAUUGCUACGACUGUGAAUCGCUGAAUGAUCCGCGCUGUAAUCAAUAUUUCGAUCCUGAUGGCGUCACACAAACUGAUUGCGAUGACGCGGAUAUGCCAAAAUAUUUGCAUAAAUACGAGCGCCGCAUAGCUGCUACCGGCUGUUUGACGAAGGUGCACGAAGGCUGUAAUGGUGGCCGCCGUUACUAUAUACGUCGUAGCUGUUAUUUCGGUGAUCCAGAAAAUAUAGACGAAGCUUGUGAUACACCCGAUCUAUACGUACCCUGGGCCAAUUUGAUUUCAUGUACUGUCUGCACCGAGGAUCUUUGCAAUGUGCACGCGCCACUUAAUGGAGCUCAUCAUACAACGAAUGCUUGGCCAAAACUCACAUUGAUUGGACUAACUUUAGCAGCAAUGACGUCACACUUUAUGUAUAGACUUUCUAAUUAAAAACGCUAGCAAAAAAUAUAUAUGCUUAUAGUUAUGUAUUAAUUUAGUAAAGAAAUU